GGCCGGGUCCCCGGGACUGGGCGCUGCUGACGGGGCCGACGGGGCGGAGAGGAGCGAGGCGGGAGGAGGAGGAGGAGAAGGGGGCUGGUCAAGGGAAGUGCGACGUGUCUGCGGAGCCUUUUUAUACCUCCUUCCCGGGAGUUCGGCAGCCGCCACCGCAACCCGUGCGUCCUUCGCUCUCCGCUCCCAGGACCUGGGCUCUGCCGCAGCCAGCCAGCAUGUCGGGGGUCAAGAAGCAGAAGACGGAUUACCAGCAGAAAUCCACCAAUGUAGUCUACCAGGCCCACCACGUGAGCAGGAAUAAGAGAGGACAGGUGGUUGGAACAAGAGGCGGGUUCCGAGGAUGUACUGUGUGGCUGACAGGUCUCUCUGGUGCUGGAAAAACGACAAUCAGCUUUGCUCUGGAGGAGUACCUCGUCUCCCACGCCAUCCCUUGUUACUCCCUGGACGGGGACAACGUCCGUCAGGGCCUUAACAAAAACCUCGGAUUCUCUCCUGGGGACAGAGAAGAAAACAUCCGCCGGAUUGCAGAGGUGGCCAAGCUGUUUGCUGACGCGGGUCUGGUCUGCAUUACCAGUUUCAUUUCUCCGUUCUCCAAGGAUCGCGAGAAUGCCCGCAAAAUCCACGAGUCAGCAGGACUGCCAUUCUUUGAAAUAUUUGUAGAUGCGCCUUUAAAUAUCUGUGAAAGCAGAGAUGUGAAAGGCCUCUAUAAACGGGCCAGAGCUGGGGAGAUUAAAGGAUUUACAGGUAUUGAUUCUGAUUAUGAGAAACCUGAAACUCCUGAGCUUGUCCUUAAAACCAACUUGUCCUCAGUGAGUGACUGUGUCCAGCAGGUCGUGGAACUUCUGCAAGAGCAGAACAUUGUACCCCAUACUAUAAUCAAAGGCAUCCAUGAACUCUUUGUGCUGGAAAACAAACUUGACCAAGUUCAAGCUGAGGCUAAAAUUCUCCCUUCGUUAUCAAUUACUAAGCUGGAUCUGCAGUGGGUCCAAGUUCUGAGCGAAGGCUGGGCCACUCCCCUCAAAGGUUUUAUGCGGGAGAAGGAGUACUUGCAGGUUAUACACUUCGGCACCCUGCUAGAUGGCAUGGUCCAAGCUGAUGGAGUGAUCAACAUGAGCAUCCCCAUCGUACUGCCCAUCUCUGCGGAUGACAAGACACGGCUGGAAGGGUGCAGUGAGUUUGUCCUGGCAUACGGUGGACGGAGGGUGGCCAUCUUACAAGACCCCGAAUUCUAUGAACAUAGAAAGGAGGAGCGUUGUUCCCGGGUGUGGGGAACGACAUGUACAAAUCUCCCCCACGUCAAAAUGGUGAUGGAGAGUGGGGACUGGCUGGUUGGUGGAGACCUUCAGGUGCUGGAGAGAAUAAGGUGGAAUGAUGGGCUGGACCAAUAUCGCCUGACGCCUCUGGAGCUCAAGCAGAAAUGUCAGGAAAUGAAUGCUGAUGCGGUGUUUGCAUUCCAGUUGCGCAAUCCUAUCCACAAUGGCCAUGCUCUGUUGAUGCAGGACACCCGCCGCAGGCUCCUAGAGAGGGGCUACAAGAACCCUGUCCUCCUGCUACAUCCUCUGGGGGGCUGGACCAAGGAUGACGACGUGUCUCUGGACUGGCGGAUGAAGCAGCACGCAGCUGUGCUCGAGGAAGGGGUCCUGGAUCCCAAGUCAACCAUUGUUGCCAUCUUUCCAUCUCCCAUGUUAUACGCUGGCCCCACAGAGGUCCAGUGGCACUGCAGGGCCCGGAUGAUUGCGGGGGCCAAUUUCUACAUUGUGGGCAGGGACCCUGCAGGAAUGCCCCACCCUGAAACCAAGAAGGACCUGUAUGAACCCACUCAUGGGGGCAAGGUCUUGAGCAUGGCCCCUGGCCUCACCUCCGUGGAAAUCAUUCCAUUCCGAGUGGCUGCCUACAACAAAGUCAAAAAAGCCAUGGAUUUCUAUGAUCCAGCCAGGCACAACGAGUUUGACUUCAUCUCAGGAACUCGCAUGAGGAAGCUAGCCCGGGAAGGAGAAAAUCCCCCAGAUGGCUUCAUGGCCCCCAAAGCAUGGAAAGUCCUGACAGAUUAUUACAGGUCGCUGGAGAAGAACAACUAAAUGCCUUUGGCUCCAGAGUUUCUGAAGUGCUCUUUCAUUACCCUUUCUAUUUUUGUGAUUAGAUGCUUUGUAUCCAAUUGCUUUUCAAUGACUGAUUUUAAAGUUAAUAUUUUAUAAUGAAGUAAAAACUGUGUCUAUAACUUAAAGUCAACAUAUAUAUAUUAUAUAUAUAUGUCAAACUGAAGACUAAGUCUUAGCAGGUGAAAGCAAUAUUGUUAUACAUUUCAGAAUAAAAUUAGCUGUAUUCUCUACUGCAUCUGGGCAGAUAGGUCCCAGACCUCUUAAAGCUUUGACCAUGUGUGUCUAGUUACUUGCCAAAAAGUGAAGUAUAUUUUCCAGCUUAAGCCUUGCCAACCUGCACUCUCCCAAUAUCAUGUACCAGUACUAAAAUAAACCAGAUGAGCAGCCUCUUCUGUGCAACUGACCAAAAAACAAACAAACAAACAAACAAAAAAACAUUUCUCAUCCUAAAAGAGGUGUGGCUCACGUCAAGACGUUUUACCUCAUGCCUGUACACAGCCUUACUGCCCAGUAUCUUACGUGUUGAAGACCUGACUGGAGAAACCAAAUGUAUGAUAAUGUGAAUUGAGAGAUCUAUGCAAUCUACUUCUGCCACAAAAGUUGUAGUGUUUAAUAAGAAGUCUUAGUGGCCUUCUGUGAAUAAUGAAACUCCAGCUAAACGGUGACUUUGUAGAGUGUUUUCAUGAAAGGAUUUGCACUGAGGGGUCCGACAAUCUGGCAAUGUUGUGGAAAGUUGGAAAGUUAAUCCCCCCCCCCCCCCCCCCCCCCCCCGCCUUUGCUGUGGUCAUUGUGUCCUACAGAGAGGGUGGGCCUAUCCGAAUGCGGCAGCAUGAACUGUAACCAAAAAUAAUAAACACCAUCAGACGAGUGGGGGACACAGAACCCAACCUUUUCUUAUAGGCGAACAAACUGAGUUGGUGCACACGCGUGCUUCUUCAUGAACACUGUAACAAAAACGUAAAAUUGGCAUUAUGAGGAAGUACUGGUCGCACUGAAUGAGCACCCGGGCCACUUGACCCUCAGUCUGGUGCUGUCUACACCAGACAAUAUAGAAGCUGGGUCGGAUUUCUCUCAGCUGCUUAACAAAGCUCCUUGGACAGAGGGCACUUAUAAAGCUGCCUUCUUGAAUACUGAAAGGUCUAGAGUUUUCUAAGCUCUGCUGAUUUUACUGCAGUUGGAAAAAAAAAAAAAAACUUUUCCAAAGACUGAAGCUGUUCUUCCGAUGGCUUUAUUUCCUGAGAGGCAGUCUUUGUGCUUCAUGCAUAAUUCAUUGUUGCCAGUGAAUAUAUGAAAAAAACAGCACCUUUUACACAUAGGUCUCUUUGGAAGAGACUUAAACUGGAAAGAGAAAACUGUGACAUUUUUCAUAUUCUCAAUUUGUUUUAAAAAAUGCUAAUUUUAGAUAAUAAAAGUUCUUUUGAGAAUAAAUGACAUACAAUGGCCACAGCAAAGUUUGUCUUUCGCAGUGUCUACCUAUGUAUACCUACACGCAUUUCAUCAGAGGUACUCACUACUGCCUUUUUAAAAAACACCUUAUUUAUUGAAAACACAAGACAGGACAUAGUGCCUUAACCAAAUGUAUUUUGUGAUUUUUUUAAAAAAUAUAUUUAAAACUGCUUUUCUGCUCUAGUUCUGCACUUAGUGCAAAUGAUUAUUUCUAUGUACAACUGAUGCUUGUUCUUAUUUUAAUAAAUUUCUCAAUAUAAA